GCCCCGGCGGCGGCAGGCGGGGAGCGGGUUUCGGCCGGAGCUGGGCGGCGGCGACGGCCCGGCAGCGGAGCGGCCAUGCCGUGGUUGAGCGGUGGGCGACGGCGACGGCAGCAACAAGUGGCGGCGGGACAGGGCGGCGGGCCGCCGGCGGGCGGGCAGCGGGGCCGGGAGAGCUCGGAACUCCCACUGCCUGCUGGCUGGGAGGAAGCAAGGGACUUCGACGGGCGAGUCUUCUACAUCGACCAUAACACCCGGCAGACCUCGUGGAUCGAUCCCCGGGAUAGGAUUACAAAGCCAUUGACAUUUGCUGACUGUGUCGGUGAUGAGCUUCCUUUAGGAUGGGAAACUGUUUAUGAUCAACAGAUUGGAGUUUAUUAUAUGGACCACAUAAAUCAGCUCACACAAAUUGAGGACCCAAGGGAGCAAUGGAGAAGGGAGCAGGAACGCAUGCUAAAGGAAUAUUUAAUAGUUGCCCAGGAGGCACUCAAUGCCAAGAAGGAGAUUUACCAAAUCAAGCAGCAGCGUUUUGAACUAGCCCAGGAAGAAUAUCAACAAUUGCACAAACUGUGUGAAGAUGACAGCCGUUCUUAUGCCAGCUCAUUCUCUGGAUUUUCAACUAAUACCAAGUAUGACCCAUAUCAGAUUAAAGCAGAGAUAGCCAGCCGUCGGGAUAGACUUUCCAGGCUGAAACGAGAACUGGCACAGAUGAAGCAGGAGCUGCAAUAUAAAGAAAAAGGAGUGGAAACUCUUCAAGAGAUUGAUCGAAAGAUGUCAAGUGCCCAUACAAAUUACAGAUUGGAUGAAGCACAAGCUAUAAUGAGCGAACUUCGAACCAUAAAGAAAGCUAUCUGUACAGGUGAAAAAGAAAGGCAGGACCUUAUGCAGAGCCUGGCCAAGUUAACAGAUGGAUUCAGGAAUAGCUGUUGUAUUACAGAUUCGCUGCAGGAUUUCCAGCAUAAUUCAAGUUCACUCAGUGACUCCUGUUUACCUCAACAACACUGCGAUGCUUACUCUCAGACUGACAUCACUGGUGAGUUCGGCUUUGAUGACAAAACAAGACUUGUAGACAAAGUAAGGCUGAACUGGCAGUAUGAAGAGGCCAAGAAAAGGGUUUCAAAUAUACAACAGCAGCUGGCCUUGCUAGACAGUGAAUCUUGGCCAGGAAUGGCUGAAGCGGACAGGGACCGUCUUCAGCUCAUCAAAGAGAAGGAGGCUCUUCUUCAGGAGUUGCAGCUCAUCAGUCAGCAGAGGCGAUCCCCAGAAGACAUUGCACGUUUGGAUGAAGAAAAAAGGCGCCUGGAGGAUGAAAUUCAACGAGCUCGAGCAACAUCUGCUCAUGGGGCCACUGAAAGGAUACUCUUACAGGAAAAGAGAAAUUGUUUGCUUAUGCAACUAGAGGAGGCUACUCGUUUAACCUCGUAUUUACACUCUCAGUUAAAAAGUCUGUCAGCCAGCACCCUCACAAUGUCAUCUGGCAGCAGCAGGGGGUCUCUGGCUUCCAGUCGAGGGUCCUUGGCCUCCAGCAGAGGCUCCCUCAGCUCAGUCAGCUUUACGGACAUCUAUGGCCUUCCGCAGUACGACAAACCAGAGGGCGUUGCAGACUACGGGCAUCACUUGCGCUUUGACAUCGUUCCCUUCGAGUCUCUCACAAAGGAUGUGCCGUACGCUGACCCUGCCGGGCACUCCAGUUUCAACAAGCAGCGGAGGUCUCUGGAUACCCCGCAGUCCUUGGCGUCCCUGUCGUCACGCUCCUCCUUGUCAUCGCUGUCCCCUCCAAGCUCACCUCUGGACACCCCAUUUCUCUCUGCGUCUCGAGAUUCUCCCUUGGCUCAGAUGUCAGAAGGUUUUGAGGAAAUGGCGAGCAUAGGAGCCCUGGAAAUGCUCCGGGCUCAGACCAUAGCAUUGGGCGAUGAUGAUGCACAAGGAACAAGCUCAUCUCGCAUGUCCACUUACCCUGUGGACAGUGAUGGCUUGCGAGAAAUGGGACCACAACUAACUGCUACCCAGACUGGUGGAGCUGUAACUCUGCGAGGAGACAGUGGUAGAAGAUCGGAGAGGAGAGCCAGGCGAGUUUCAGCAUGUCUCUCAGAUCAUUCACUGGCUAGUGACAGUGGCGUGUUUGAAGCUUUGAGCAAAAGGAAUGAAGAUCUGGAAGAACCUGUUUAUGGUGAUGCUGCCAGCAAUGAAGAACCGCAAAUACAUGUUGGAUUUCUGCAUGACAGUGAAAAUGAAUGUCUGUUAGUCCAUGUACUACAGCUGAAGAACUUCACUAGUCUAGUUGUGAAAGAAAACUCCAAAAUUCAUGUGAGAGUUUAUUUGCCACCACUCGAGUCAGGCACACCAACCACUUACUGCUCCAGAGCCUUGGAAUUUCAAACUCCGUUAAUAUUUAAUGAAGUUUUCCGAAUCCCCGUGCAUUCAAGUGUUUUGAAAUUAAAAUCACUGCAGCUGUACAUCUGCUCAGUUGACCAUCAGCAGCAAGAAGAACUAUUGGGCAUUGCUCAGAUAAAUGUGACUGAUGCAGAGAGUUCUGGUGAGAUGCAGCUUCACUGGUAUGCUGUUCAGAUCUUCACUGGUUCAGACCCCCAGAGAGCAAAGAACAAAAACCAGUGUGAAGAAAAUAUUCCCUGUUCUUCUGGAAAUGUAACUACAGUUAAAACAGAUGCAGUGACUGCUCUCUUAGCUAGGACCACUGCCCAGCUGGAAGCAGUUGAGAGAGAGCUGGCAGAAGAGAGAGUAAAACUGGAAUACACAGAGGAGGAAAUCUUGGAGAUGGAAAGAAAGGAAGAUCAGGCAGAAGCCGUAUCAGAACGGAGUUGGCAAGCAGAAUCUGUUGACAGUGGAUGCAGUAAUUGCACCCAGACUAGUCCUCCUUAUCCAGAGCCAUUUUGCGGGGAUUCAUUAGCUGGACACAUGUUUGCAGCUCCAGCAGGCCAGUACAGUUCUGGAAAAAUUCAGCCUCCACCACUGAAGGUGGAUAAGGAAACUAACACUGAGGAUCUGUUUCCUGAAGAAGUUGCUGCUCUUCCAAAAGAGAGAACUAGCCGCAGGCCACGGGGUUCUGCCUUUGUUCGCAGUAGCACUAUUGUUCGUUCCCAGACCUUCUCGCCUGGAGCACGAAGUCAAUAUGUUUGCAGACUGUAUCGCAGCGACAGUGACAGUUCAACUCUGCCAAGGAAGUCCCCGUUCAUCCGGAACACGCUGGAGAGGCGCACGCUGCGGUACAAGCAGCAGUCCUGCAGACCAUCUUUGGCUGAGCUCAUGGCAAGGACAUCCUUAGACCUGGAGCUGGAUCUCCAGGCAUCCAGAACUAGACAGAGACAGCUGAACGAGGAGAUAUGUGCUUUAAGAGAGUUGAGACAGCGUUUGGAAGAUGCCCAGCUCAGAGGGCAGACAGAUCUACCCCACUGGGUCCUUCGGGAUGAGCGAUUCCGAAACUUGUUGAGGGAAGCAGAAAGGCAGACCAGACAGACCAAAUUUGAGCACCACCAAGAGCAAGCAGCUGAGAAGAUGCUAAAGAAAGCAUCAAAAGAAAUAUAUCACUUGCGUGGGCAAAAUCAGAAGGAGCCUAUUCAGGUGCAGACUUUUAGAGAGAAGAUAGCUUUUUUCACAAGACCAAGGAUUAACAUACCUCCUCUGCCAGCUGAUGACGUAUGACAUGUCGCGUUGUAAACACGAAGUAUUUAUCGCUUUUAUUUUAAUGAAGUUAUUAGAUUUAGCCAAGUUUCUUUAAAAAAAAAAAAAAAAAAAAGGAGAAAAGAGGGAAAAAAAAAAUCAUGCAAAAGCUAAUAUACACAUUUUGUAAAAAAUAAAAAAGUAAAAAAAAGUAAAAGUAAGCAAAAAACAUUAUAUAUAAAUAUAUAUAUACAUAUCUAUUUUAUAAUAGCGACCGCAACAGGGCUUGGUUUUUCCUUGUUGUGAAACUGACAUCUCUGAAGACAACUUAUUUUAUAAGAGAUCGACUAUCCUGUUAAGAGCGUGUACAGUUUUUAUGCUGUUUUAUUUGACUUAAAGGCUGGAAGACAGAAACAAAGUGAGUUCAGGCAAAUUCACUGUAGUGUAAUUUAUUUAUAGUGCCUCUUUUUUUUUUUUUUUUUCCUUGAAGGAAAAUACCUACUUUAAGAUGUAUUUUAAGACUGAAAUUUUGUUCUUCAGUAUUUGUCAUACAGUAGAAUGGAACCAUUGAGCUGGUUUUGUUUCUGAUACCUGAAACGAAAAUUCUAUGUUCCAAAAUUGUCACUUUCUUCAGCUUUAUUAUCUGUAGCUUACUAUGUACAUUGUAUCCUUUAGCACUGUCUGUGUUAUAGCAAAAUAUUAUCACCUGCAGUGUGUUUAACACUGAUUAGAAGUGACGUUAAACAUUGCAGAAUUCAUUUGCAUGUUCUUACUGUGCACUAAUAGAUUGUUUUCAUUUCAGUUGUGUCUACAAUACCUUUAUAUUCUUAACUAGAUUCUCAGUUUAAACGGAGGAAGGAAAUGGGUGACAGGUCUUUGGUUGGUUUGGUGAGAAAGGAGUUAAAAGAACAGUGUGAGCUAGCUGUGUGGAAAGACCCCUAAAGGGAUAUUGUAGUAAUUUCUACACUUCUAAAGAUUCUGAUCUGAUUCAGGAAAGUACAUACAUGCUGAUUUUUGGAAAGCAGCUGCAUUAAGUAAGAGUGCUUAAUCGCAUGUUCAUCCUAAAGGAUGUGCUUUGAAGUUACUGCAUGCAGGUUCUGUUGAACAGUGACACUUUUCCAGGAGGAAGGUGUAUAAUUCUGGAAGGUACAGCUCACCUGGUUGCCAGUUGGACCAGCUAAAAUCUUCUAUGAAAGGAUUUUACUUGUGACCAUUUGUUUUGAAGAAAGACUGUCACCCUAAAUUCCCGAGAAUGCCAGUUUUGUGUCCUUGCAUCCUGCAAGUAUGUAAAAAUACUUCUUUACUAAGCUACUAUUAUAGAGUUUCUCAUAUUUUUCUAAUUAUACAUUACCUACAAAGAGAGGUGCCCAACACAAGACUGACUUUGCAAAUUGCUGAACUCUUCUAGAAGGAAGAUCAUACUCUCUGUGAAUUUGAAGUAAAGGUCAAAUUGGUUCCAAAUUUUUACGUGUCAGGAAAUGAAAACAACAGCCAAAAAGUAAGUGAACAUAUCCAAAACAGUCAGAAUAUUUUCAUUUCUUAAAGCAGGUCUUUCAUGAGUUUCAGGAGCUUACCUUGUCUAAUAGGAGAAAAACCCAGAAGUUACUUUUACUUGUCCAAGCUGAGGCAAAAAGUAAUGGGGAAAAAAAGAGAUUGUAAAUCCAAAUCAUCAAUCACUGAGGAUGAUUAGCACAGACAUUUAAGGUAGUAUUCCCUGUUUCCUAGUAUAGCCUAUAAUCAUUACAAGCAUCAAGUGAUUCAACUGUAUAGCAAUAUAUGUGAAAUUAAAGCAUAUUUAGCAUUUAUCAUGCUAACCAUCCUGAAGCUCACCAUCCAGUAUUGGGUUCCUUGGGCACAACUAGACAUACUCUGAAAGUAGGCAGAUGAAAAACAAAUUACAUCAGAAAUUUGGGUAGAGUGGCAAGAGUCUAGGGACAGCAAGCUUUUCAGUGCUCCUUACUUGAAAAGACCAGUUAGUCAGAAUUUUGUGUCUCAUUUUCAGUGGAGGCCCUUACAUAGUAGUGUUCCUCAAAAGCUACUAUGCAGUGACAGCAGAAGUGCUUGGUAUGUAGUGUGUUCCUGUGAGAAUGAUUACAUACUGGAAGAUGUUGCCCAGAAAGGUGGAACUCUGUCCGUGUAGGCCUUGAGGAGUCAGCUUGAUGUAGCCCAGAGCAUCCUGGUCACAUCAGGUCUGCUUUGGGCAGAGGCUGGGGUAGGGGACCCCAUUUCCACCCUAACUUGUUCCGUAGCUAUGUAACAAAGGGGCAGUGUUUGGUGGCCUCUCUGUCAGGGGGUUCAAUUUGUGUUUUUAAAUAGUGACUGCUGUGAGACAUCAUCAGUGUAUCUCAUGAGUCUGUGAUUCUGACUGCUGUAAUGAGUUCUGUCUUGAUGUGGUAAUGAGUUAUAUUCAGUAUUCAUCUCUCUUGUUUUUGUCACAGUUCUGUAUGAUUGUGUCAUUUUUGUAUUAUCUGAAAGUAUUUCUUCUACAAAAUAAAACAAUUUGCCAUAAAAAGCAA